AAUAAGCAAGCAAAAAUUUCGGAACAGAAAAAAAGGGAAUUUUGGGCUUGUUUCCUUUUGGGGGGAUUGGAGAGAGAGAGAGAUUAGAAAGGAGAAAAGGGGAAAUUGGUGAUGGUGAUCUUAAACCUUGGGAGGAAGAAAGAGGGGCAGGGAAUGCGACUUGGGAAAUAUGAAUUAGGAAGGACACUUGGAGAAGGCAAUUUUGGAAAAGUCAAGCUGGCAAGGGACACCAAUUCUGGUAAACUUUUUGCUAUUAAGAUACUUGAGAAGAGCAAGAUCAUUGACCUCAAUAACACUGAUCAGAUAAAGAGGGAAAUAUCCACCUUGAAGCUCCUUAAACAUCCCAACAUCGUUAGAUUAUACGAGGUCUUGGCUAGCAAAACCAAAAUUUAUAUGGUACUUGAGUACGCGAAUGGAGGAGAGUUAUUUGACAAAAUUGCAUCCAACGGUAAACUUAAAGAAGCUGAUGGUAGGAAGAUGUUCCAACAGUUGAUUGACGUUGUGAGCUAUUGCCACAAUAAAGGUGUCUACCACCGGGAUCUCAAGCUGGAGAAUGUGCUAAUGGAUGCCAAAGGGAACAUAAAGAUAACCGACUUUAACCUUAGUGCUUUGCCCCGGCAUUUUAGGGCAGAUGGGUUGCUGCAUACAACCUGUGGAAGUCCCAACUAUGUUGCUCCAGAGAUCCUUGCCAAUAGGGGCUAUGAUGGUGCAACAUCAGAUAUAUGGUCAUGUGGAGUUAUCUUGUAUGUAAUUCUAACAGGAUACCUUCCUUUUGAUGAUAGAAAUCUUGCAGUUCUCUAUCAAAAGAUUUUUAAAGGAGAUGUUCAGAUACCAAGAUGGCUAUCACCUGGUGCCCAAUACAUUAUCAGGAGGAUUCUUGAUCCCAAUCCUAAAACCCGGAUAACAAUGGCUAUGAUCAAAGAAGAUGAAUGGUUCAAGGAGGGCUAUAACCCUGCUAAUCCAGAAGAUGUGGAAGAGGAUGUAUAUAUUGAUGAUGAAGCCUUUUCCAUCCAUGAUGAGUCACUAGAAUAUCAGGGGGGUCCAGGAUCACCAACACUCAUCAAUGCUUUUCAGUUGAUAGGGAUGUCUUCAUGUCUAGACCUCUCUGGCUUUUUUGAGAAAGAGGAUGUCUCUGAGAGGAAGAUAAGAUUUACAUCAACCCAUUCACCUAAAGAUUUGGCUGAGGGGAUUGAAGACAUUGUAACUGGAAUGGGAUUUAGAGUCCAGAAGAAAAAUGGAAUGUUGAAAGUGAUACAAGAGAACAAAGCACAGAAAAGUCUAGGUAGCCUCUCAGUGGCAGCAGAGGUGUUUGAAAUAAGCCCAUCCUUGUAUGUAGUAGAGUUACGUAAGUCUUAUGGAGAUGCUUCUGUAUAUAGACAGCUAUGCAAGAAGUUAUCAAAUGAUUUGGGUGUUCAUCCAAAGCAACAGCUAGGCAGCUCUGAAGUGAUAUGCUGAAAGAAAAGAAUUUAGAAGUCAGAUAAUGUAUAUUUUGCAUUUUUGUUUGAGGUGGGAUAGUUAUGUAGAUGGGUUAAGAUAUCAAUUGUAUAUAUACCAUUCUCUUUAGUGUAGUGCU